AACUACAUACUUUGGGUCCAUUAAAUAUUCCUAUCGUCAAUUAAUAUAAGUCGAAAUGGGUGGUACUCGUGAAAAGAAAGCUGAAUACUUCAGCAAGUUGAGAGAAUUAUUGGAAGAAUACAAGUCCAUCUUCGUUGUUGGUGUUGAUAAUGUUUCUUCCCAACAGAUGCACGAAAUCAGAAAGGCUUUGAGAAGUGAUGCUACUGUUUUGAUGGGUAAGAACACCAUGGUCAGAAGAGCUAUCAGAGGAUUCUUGGCUGAAUUGCCAGAAUACGAAAAGUUGUUGCCUUUCGUUAAGGGUAACGUUGGUUUCAUCUUCACCAACGCUGACUUGAAGACCAUCAGAGAUGUUGUUACUUCUAACGUCGUUGCUGCUCCUGCCAGAGCUGGUGCUGUUGCUCCAUUUGAUGUCUGGGUCCCAGCCGGUAACACCGGUAUGGAGCCAGGUAAGACCUCUUUCUUCCAAGCCUUGGGUGUUCCAACCAAGAUUGCCAGAGGUACCAUUGAAAUUGUUUCCGAUGUUAAGGUUGUUGAAGCUAACCAAAAGGUUGGUCCUUCUGAAGCUUCCUUGUUGAACAUGUUGAACAUCUCUCCUUUCACCUAUGGUAUGACUGUUGUUCAAGUUUACGACAAUGGACAGGUUUUCCCAUCCGACAUUUUGGAUAUUACCGACGAUGAAUUGGUCAGCCACUUUGUUUCUGCCAUUAACGUCAUUGCUUCCAUCUCCUUGGCUGUUGGUUACCCAACCAUCCCAUCUGUUGGACACUCCGUCGUGAACCACUACAAGAACGUCUUGGCUUUGUCUAUUGCCACUGACUACACUUUCGAAGGUUCCGAAUCCAUCAAGGACAGAUUGGCUAACCCAGAUGCUUAUGCUGCUGCUGCUCCUGCUGCUGCUGCUGCUGCUUCUGGUUCUUCUGACGCCCCAGCUGCUGAAGAAGCUGCUGAAGAAGAAGAAGAAUCUGACGAUGACAUGGGUUUCGGUUUGUUCGAUUAAAUUCGAACAAAAGUAUAACACUCUUGUAUUCUAAUAAAAAUUCUUUUCUAAA